AUGAUUCCUCAAAUUCUUACUGCGCUGACUGCUCUCGCUGUGCUGCCUGUCACAGCCAGCCCGGUAGAGCUGUCGUCUCGCGGAGUGAUUGGAUCCGACGCGGUUGUCGGACUUCCUCAAGAGGUUCCUGCCGGUGCCGUUGGCAACCGCUACUUGGCCUACCAGCCAAAGCUCAAGGUUGUCAAUGGCUGCGUGCCUUUCCCGGCUGUGGACGUACACGGGAACACCAAUGCCGGCCUUAAGCCAUCAGGAAGUUCCAACGGUGGAUGCAGCAGUAGCACCGGCCAAGUAUACGUGAGAAGCGGCACUUCCGGAGGCAAGAAUGCCCUGAUGUACUCCUGGUAUUUCCCCAAGGAUGAGCCUUCUCCUGGAAUCGGCCACCGUCACGAUUGGGAGGGUGUGAUCAUCUGGCUUUCGGACGCCACCAGCACUGCUGCCUCCAGCGUCGUGGCCGUUUGCCCGUCGGCACACGGUGGCUGGGACUGCACUACAGACAAGUUCACACUUGAUGGAUCCUCGCCUCUGAUCAGGUAUCAGUCGGAAUGGCCUCUGGACCACUCGUGCGGCCUGACAACCGAGGUGGGCGGCACACAGCCGUUGGUUGCCUGGGAGUCAAUGAAUGCUGCCGAGCAAAAUGCCUUGGACACAACCGACUUUGGAGCUGGAAAUGUUCCUUUCAACCAGAACAACUUUGCCAACAACCUGGCCAAGGCCACGUUCUGA